AUGGCGAAGAUGGAGUCCCUCGACUACGAGGUCCCCGAGAACCUCGUGUACCGCUCCGAGCAGCACCGCCGUCAGGCCCAGGAGACGGUCGCGUACGCCGCGAUGCGCUGGGGUCUCUGCGCCGUCACGGCCAUCCUGCUCGGGUGCUUCAGCGUCGUCGUCAACAUGUCGGUCGAGAACAUCUCCAACUUCAAGUUCUGGGCCACCUUCGAAGUCAUGAAGACCUCGUGGCUCGCCGCUCUCAUCGUCUACACGACCAUCAACGUGACCCUGGUCGCGGGCGCGGCGUCCCUGACCUCGUACUUCGCCCCCGCGGCGGCCGGCUCGGGCAUCCCCGACGUCAAGAUCUACCUCAACGGCGUCGACAUGCCCGGCGUGCUGCUGUUCCGCACGCUCAUCGCCAAGCUCGUGGGCUCCGUGGGGUCCGUCGCGGGCGGGCUCCCCGUGGGCAAGGAGGGCCCGUUCGUGCACAUCGGGUCGUGCAUUGCCUCGCUGCUGGGGCAGGGCGGGAGCAAGCGGUACAGCGUGGGGCGCGGCGUGAUGAAGCGGUUCCGCAACGACCGCGACCAGCGCGACCUCGUCACGUGCGGGUCCGCCGCGGGCGUCACCGCGGCGUUCCGCGCCCCCGUCGGCGGGGUGCUCUUCGCGCUCGAGGAGGGCGCGUCGUUCUGGCGGUCGCAGCUGCUCUGGCGCUGCUUCUUCACGACCGCGGUCGUCAGCGUCACGGUGCGCAUGCUCGUGAAGCUGUGCCACGGGUCCAACUGCGGCGUCUUCGGGUCGGGCGGGUUCAUCAUCUUCGAGGUGGGCCACGGCGCGCAGGACGACUUCCAGCUGCGGGAGCUGGUGCCGCUGACGCUCCUCGGGGUGUUCGGCGGGCUGAGCAGCUCGGUGUUCAUCUGGGCGAACGGCCUCCUGUGCAAGUGGCGGCGCGACGUGCUGGGGCCGCGCGGGCCCAAGUGGAAGGUGAUCGAGGCCAUGUGCGUGACGGCGCUCGUGUCGCUCGUGUCGCUCGCGGUGCCGGCGAUGGUGUCGUGCCAGCCGUGCCCGCCCGGGAGCGAGGGGGAGUGUCCGCGCCGCGAGACGCACCACGGGAACUUCGUGCCCUACAUGUGCCCCGGGGAGAACCAGUACAACGACCUGGCCACGCUCUUCUUCAACACGCAAGACAACGCGAUCCGGAACCUCCUCGGGUCCAACACCGCGCACGAGUUCCGCAUCUCCACGCUCUUCAUCUUCUGGCUCUUCUUCUACCUCCUCGCCAUGCUGACCUACGGCAUGUGCAUCCCGUCGGGGCUGUUCGUGCCCACGCUGCUCACGGGGGCCGCGUACGGGCGCAUCGUCGGAGUGUACAUGAGCGAGAUCGGCGGGACCGACAUCGACGAGGGCACGUACGCGCUCCUGGGCGCCGCCAGCUUCAUGGGCGGCGCCAUGCGCAUGACCGUCUCCCUGUGCGUCAUCCUGCUGGAGCUCACCAACAACCUCAACCUGCUCCCGCUCAUGAUGCUCGUCCUCAUCGUCAGCAAGGCCGUCGGCGACGCGACCGGCGUCAAGGCGAUCUACGACUUCCACGUCGAGCUGAAGAGGGCGCCGUUCCUCGAGGCGCAGCCCGAGCGUUUCACGCGCGCGCUCACCGCCGCGGACGCCAUGGCGGCGCCCGUGGUGUCGUUCAACCGCUUCGAGCGCGCGGGGGCGCUCAUGCGGGCCCUGCGCGGGUGCGAGCACAACGGCUUCCCCGUGUACGCGAGCGACCAGCGGCUGCUCGGCAUCGUGACGCGCGCGCAGAUCCUGCACGUCCUCGCCGACGGACGCAUGCUGCAGCCCGAGCCCACCCCGAACCAGCGCGCCAUCGAGCUGGCCAACUCGUUCGACCUGGACGACUUCACGAAGCCCGCGACCACGCACGGGAUAUCCGUCGACGACGUCCGCCUGAACGGCGCGGCGGGGCAGCUCGACCUGUUCCUGGACCUGGCGCCGUACGUCAACCCGUGCCCGUACAUGGUGCAGUCCGACGCGUCGCUGACCAAGGUGUACGCUCUGUUCCGCACGCUCGGGCUGCGGCACCUGUUCGUGAUCCCGCACGCGCACGAGGUGGUGGGCGUCAUCACGCGCAAGGACCUGGUGCCAGAGCUGCUCGAGGAGGGCGUCUCCAAGGACGUCGUGCUGGCGGCGCGGCCGCCGCCGCACCCCGCGCUGCGGAGGCGCGUGCCGGGGAGCGCGAACGGGGCCGGCGCGGGCACGCCCAGGAGCGUGCAGAUGGGGCCACUGGGGCGGCAGCGGGGACGGGAGGGCGACGACGGGCUGGAAAGCUUGUGA